CUUCCUCAGCCAAUCACAGGUCAACUCGAUUCGACGCAGGCUCGACAAGUCAAAGCUAGCUACGACGCGAGCGAGCUCCCGCCCUGUUUGCGUCCACAACCGCCUUCGAAUGUUUGUCUUUUACUCGAACAAUAACAACGUUUGCCGACAUUAAAAGUGUUACCGGUGAGUGGACACCUGUGUGCGCGCGCCGCUGUGAGAUGGGAAGAGAGAAGGACGCAAAAGGGAACGGGAAGGCCAAGAACAAGGAGACGAAACUUAAAAGGCUGAGCGACCAUGAGCGCGCCGGCGCCGGCGGGGACGCGCACCACAAAAGCACAAAGCGAAGUAAAUCUGCAGAGAAAGCUGAUCAUGGAAAGUCUAAGAAGGUCAAAACACCCAAGAAGGAGACCCCAGAGCCAGCCGUCAGUCACAGCACUUCGCGGAAACAGGAGCCAGAAGACGACGACGACUUUACGGUGAAGAAGAAAGGGUUGAAAAGGAAAAGGAUAAAGGACGAGCCAGCGGAGGGGCCGUCGUGUUCCCCUGCCGCAACUGUUUCCAAGGGGGAAAAAAAGCCACAUGUGAAGGACGAGGAAUGUGAAGGAGAAACUCAGAAAAAGAAGCCAAAAAAGAGGACGGAGAAGGCAGUAAAGAAGGAGGAAGGAGGAGAGCAUUCAGUGUCGAAAAAACCUAAGAGGACUGAGGAGGCGAGACAGUUGAAGAUCAAAAAGAAGGAGGAGGAGGAGCAGAAUCGCUGGAGAUGGUGGGAGGAGGAAAAGUAUGAAGAUGGGGUGAAAUGGAAGUUUCUGGAACACAAAGGACCCUGCUUCCCUCCCGAGUACCAGCCUCUACCGGACAACGUUCACUUUUACUACGACGGUAAGAAGGUGAAGCUGAGCCUGGCCACGGAGGAAGUGGCGAUGUUCUUUGCCCAGAUGUUGGACCAUGAGUACACCACCAAAAAAGUCUUCCGGGAGAACUUCUUUACAGACUGGAGGAAGGAGAUGACCCACGAGGAGAGGUCACUGAUUCGAGAUCUGGACAAAUGUGACUUUGGAGAGAUCCAUGCGAUGCACAAAGCCAAGGUGGAGGCCAGGAAAAACAUGACCAAGGAGGAGAAACUGGUCAUAAAAGAAGCCAAUCUGAAGAUAACGGAGGAGUACGGCUACUGUCUGCUGGACCAACACAAAGAGCGCAUAGGCAACUUUAAGAUUGAGCCUCCGGGGCUGUUCAGGGGUCGAGGCGAGCACCCCAAACAGGGCAUGCUGAAGAAAAGGAUCCAGCCCGAGGACGUCAUCAUCAACUGCAGCAAAGCAUCCAGUGUCCCGGUGCCGCCAGCCGGUCACCGCUGGAAGGAAGUUCGACAGGACAACACCGUGACGUGGCUGGCCUGCUGGACGGAGAACAUCCAGAACAACAUCAAAUACAUCAUGCUCAAUGCCAACUCCAAGCUCAAGGGAGAGAAAGACUGGGAGAAAUACGAGGUCGCUAGGAAACUGAAGACGUGCGUGGACGACAUCCGUAACCAGUACCUCCUGGAUCUCAAGUCCAGAGAGAUGGGCACUCGCCAGAGGGCUGUGGCCCUCUACUUCAUAGACAAGCUGGCACUGAGGGCGGGUAACGAGAAGGAGGAGGGAGAGACGGCGGACACAGUGGGCUGUUGCUCGCUGCGUGUCGAGCACAUCACCCUGCACGAGCGACUGGAGGGCAACGACUGUGUGGUGGAGUUCGACUUCCUAGGUAAAGACUCCAUCCGCUACUACAACAAGGUCCCCGUCAUCAAGAAGGUUUUCAAGAAUCUUAAACUGUUCCUGGAAAACAAGAAAGACGGAGACGACCUCUUUGAUCGCCUCAACACAACCAUGCUGAACAAGCACCUGAGUACCCUGAUGCCGGGUCUGAGUGCGAAGGUCUUCAGGACGUACAACGCCUCCAUCACCCUGCAGCAGCAGCUCAAAGAGCUCACAAACAAUUCUGACAACGAGGCAGAGAAACUGCUGUCCUACAACAGGGCCAACAGAGCAGUUGCUAUUCUCUGUAACCACCAGCGGGCGCCGCCAAAGACCUUUGACCAGUCUAUGGCGAAUCUUCAAUCCAAAAUUGAUGCUCGCAAGGAGAAGCUGGACCUGGCUAAGACGGAGCUGAAACAGGCCAAGAAGGAGGCCAAGACCAAAGGCAGCUCAGACCAGAAGCUGCAGACGCUGGUGGAGCGGAAGAAGGUGGCGGUGAAGCGCUGCGAAGAGCAGCUGCUGAAGAUGGAGGUGCAGGCGACUGACCGGGAGGAGAACAAGCAGAUCGCGCUGGGUACCUCCAAGCUCAACUACCUGGACCCACGCAUCAGCGUGGCUUGGUGUAAGAACACGGAGUUACCUGUAGAAAAAAUAUACAAUAAGACCCAACGGGACAAGUUUGCCUGGGCCAUCGACAUGACAGAGGCAGACUUUGUGUUCUAACUUUAAUCUUCUUUAACAGUCUCAUAAACUGAUACCAUGAUGCAGUCAAGGAACCCUUCACUUUAUAUAUAACAUACAAUACUUUAAUGUUGCAUUUGUAUGUUCAGAGUCUGCUGAUGUUGUGCUCAGAUAAUUGUGACAUAUUUUGUUUACUGCUGUUAAGUUCCGUUGUUUUUUAAUUUUGGCACUUUCUCUUGAAGAUAAUUGUUUUGCACUUUGUGUUUUCAUUAAUUUGAAUAAAGGUUCCUUCUAUGCAGUUGAAGGUGUAGUUA